AUGAGGCUUGGAUCCAAAGUCCCGGUUUUUAAUGCUGUUCAGGAAGAGGAACUUGUUCAGCAUUUGCUGCAACUGGAGGAGCGGUUCUAUGGACUCAGUAUGCGUGACGUCAAAGAACUGGCAUUUGAGUUGGCUGAGCGGAACAACUUACCUCAUCCUUUUAAUAAGGCCUUGCGAAUGGCGGGUCAGGACUGGUUAAAUGGAUUUUUACUGCGCAAUCCGAAGAUUUCGUUCCGGAAGCCCGAAGCCACAUCAGCUGCCAGAGCGCGUGGCUUCAACAAACCAUCUGUUACAAAAUAUUUCGAUCUCUUGAAAGCCAUCAUGCAACAUACACGGUUUGAACCGACAAGAAUAUACAAUGCCGAUAAAACAGCGGUACCACCUAAGAAGAGGAGAAUCGCGGCCCUGAAGGGAAAAAACCAGGUUGGAUCAAUAACAUCUGCGGAAAGAGGUGAAACAAUCACAGCGGUUCUGUGUAUGUCAGCAGCCGGACAUCAUCUUCCUCCAUUCCUGAUUUUUCCGAGGGUACGCAUGCAUGAAGCGCUGAAGAAAGGAGCCCCCGUGGGAACAGAGUUUUCGUGUAAUCCCAGCGGUUACAUGACAGUCGAGCUUUUCAAUAUUUGGUUUGACCAUUUUUUGAAGUAUACUCGUCCGUCGGAGGACUCUCCUGUGCUAUUAAUAAUAGAUGGGCAUUCUUCGCACACGAAGAAUUUGAUGUUCUCUGAAAAGGCUCGGGCAAACCACGUGACUGUUGUAGUGUUGCCACCACACUGCAGCCAUAAACUGCAACCUUUAGAUGUUGCAUUUAUGGCUCCUUUCAAAAAUUUUUAUGCUGAUGCGGUUGAGAAGUUUAUGUGGAACAACCCUGGACGCACUGUUGGGCAAUACGACAUUGCCGAACUGUUGUGUCAGGCUUUCACCAAAGCGUCUACAACAGAAACUGCCAGAAGCGGAUUUUAUAAGACUGGAAUUGUUCCAUUUGAUCCGAAAAUUUUUGGUGACGAGGAAUAUGCACCGUCACAUGUUACCGAUCAGGAUGUCGACUUAGGGCCCAAGAGUACACCCGAACCAAUAAUUAUCCCUGAGCCGAAGAUUAUUCCGUCUGACCCUCAGCCUUCCACGUCAAAGCAAGCCAACAAGAAUUCAAUGGAAUCACAGUUCGAUAAUUGCAGUUGCAGUUCACUUGAUGGGUCGUUUAAAGUGUCGCCUUCCUGUGUCAAACCACUACCUAAACUGAAAGGUCCUCGUAUCUCGAAGAGAAAGCGUGUGGCUGAGAAAUCAUCUGAAAUAACUUCUGAUGAGUACAUGGCAGAUUUGAAAAAAGCUAGAGCAUCAAAAGAGAUCCAAAAUAUUAAGAAAGCCCGCAAACCCAGGUCAAGGAAAUCUAAAGGUUUGAAGACAUCACCGAUCGAAGAAGACACACUCUGUGACAAAUGUGGCGAAGUUUUUUCAGAUUCCAAUGAUGGGACUGGAUGGAUGUCCUGCUUCGAGUGCGGAAAAUGGUUCCAUGAUUUUUGCUUCGAGUCGAAUGAAGCAAAAUGUUACGAAUGUUCGUAA